AUGUUUCAUCAAUUUAAUAUUGCCAAGCGUGCGCUUCUUGCCGCUCCACGUAUGUAUUAUUCAACUCGUGCAGCACAAAUGCCACUUAUUAAUAACAAUAAUAAUAAUAAACAAAAUUGCAAAGAAGGAGAUGAAUUACAUGGUUUUGUGGUAAAUGAAAUCAGCCGAAUUGAUGAAAUGUAUUUGGAUGCAAUACGUUUGACACACGUCAAAACUGGAGCACAAUAUCUUCAUUUAAAUCGAGACGAUAGCAAUAAUGUUUUUUCAAUAAAUUUCCGUACAACUCCAAUGGAUUCUACGGGAUUACCACAUAUUCUCGAGCACAUGACAUUGUGCGGAAGCAAACUUUAUCCUGUACGAGAUCCAUUUAUGAAAAUGUUACGGCGUUCUCUGGCAACAUUUAUGAAUGCAAUGACCGGUCCUGAUUACACCAUGUAUCCAUUUUCAACCCAAAAUCUAAAAGAUUAUCACAAUUUACAGUCUAUUUACACUGAUGCGGUAUUCAGACCCCGUUUAAGACAGCUUGAUUUCAGCCAAGAGGGCUGGCGACUCGAGCACAGCGAUUUAAAUGACAAGAGUAGCCCGAUAAUUAUAAAAGGAGUUGUUUUUAAUGAAAUGAAAGGAGUCUUUAAUGAAAAUCAGUCUAUUUUUGGUGAAAAAUUAUUAAAUAAUAUUCUACCAAGUCACACAUACUCGGUAUGCUCUGGUGGUUAUCCAUUGGACAUUCCAAAGUUAACGUACGACGCGUUAAAAAAUUUCCACGCCAAGUAUUAUCAUCCUUCAAACACGAGAAUUUAUUCUUAUGGUAACUUUGAGUUUCAGAAUAAUCUUAAAUUUUUAAAUGAUAAUUAUCUGAAUAAUGUAGAAAAAAUAAACGCAAGUAUGUCUGCUGUACCAUCUGAAAUUCGCUGGACAUCACCGAGGCGCAAGCAUAUAACUUGUAAGAAUGAUCCUCUUGCUCCGGAUCCUAAUCGGCAAAGCGCUUUUGCUAUCGGAUAUCUCUGCAAUGAUAUAACUGAUUCACAAACUACCCUCGAGUUGAAUAUCUUAGCAGAGUUGCUUCUAAAAGGACCAACAGCGGCUUUUUACAAAAGUUUGAUUGAGUCUAAUUUAUCAUCAGGGUUUGGACCUUUUACUGGCUAUGAUCCGCAAUGCAAGGACACUAUUUUUGCAGUAAGUCUACAAGGAGUUAAAUCAGACGAUUUUGAUGCUAUUGAAAAGGUAUUUGACCAAACAGUCGACAGUGUUAUUGAAUCUGGGUUUGAAAAAGAUCACGUUCAAGCUGUCCUGCAUGGUAUGGAGAUAAAAAUAAAGCAUCAAGUAUCUAAUUUUGGUAUGAAUUUAUUGUUUGGAAUCACACCGCUCUGGAAUCAUGAUGGUAAUUUAAUAGAAUCAAUGAGGAUAAAUGGAUUGAUUAAAAAUUUUAAUGCUAAAUUACAAGAGGAUCCAAAGUAUCUGAAUAAACUUGUUGAAAAAUAUAUUAAAAAUAACAAUCAUCGUUUGGUGUUGACAAUGUCACCGGACAGUAAUUAUCAAAUAAAUUUACAAAAAGAAGAAGACAAAUUACUUGAAGAAAAAUUAAAACAGUGUUCAAAAGAUGAAUUGGAUAAAAUUUAUGACAAUGGUUUAAUAUUACGCAAAGAUCAAGAAAAAACAGAGAACUUUGAGGUGUUACCUACUUUAAAAAUAAACGAUUUAAAAGAAGAUACUGAUCGUUAUAUCACGGAGGAUAUAUUUAUUUCUAAUGUACCACUUCAGUUAUCUGUUCAACCAACCAAUGGGAUUUCUUAUUAUCGCGGUGUAUUGAAUAUAAAUAAACUGGAUGAUGAUUUAAAGCAAUUAAUUCCAUUGUUCAAUACUGUUAUUGCCAGAAUGGGGACUAAAAUUCACGAUUACCGGAGCUUUGAUCGCUUGUGUCAGUUAAAAACUGGAGGGUUACACUUUUCGAGUCACAUUGCUGAGGAAAAAGACUCCAUUGAUAAGUAUGAGGAAGGUAUAGUUAUCAGUUCAUAUUGUUUGGACCGCAAUGCGAGUAACAUGUGGGACUUGUGGAAGGAAUUGUUUAACCAAGUUGACUUACAAGACAUUAAACGGUUUGAAACUCUUGUUAAAAUAGAAGCAAGCGAUUUGUCAACUGGUAUUGCCGAUUACGGUCAUGUUUAUGCGAUGAGCAGUGCUGCUAGUUUGAUAUCGCCUGUUGGUAAAUUCAAAGAAAACAUUUCUGGUCUUGAGUAUGUUGGUCGGAUGAAAAAAAUAGCUCAGGUAAAAGAAUUUCUACCGAUUUUUAAUAAAAUAAAGUCUAUUAAAGAUAAAAUUUUAAAUAAAUCAAAUUUACGGACAGCUAUUAACUUGUCUGGCAGUGAUAAUGAAAGAAAACAAAUUAUUAAAGGCUUGGAAGGAUUUUAUGAUAGUCUUGAUGGACAGCCGGGUGGUAAUUCUAUAAAAUUAACUCAUAGUAAUUCAUUAUUAUCCAGUAGCGAUGCUUUAGAAAAAGGAAUUCAUUAUAUUAUGCCGUAUGAUACUAAUUAUACGUCCAAAACAUUGUUGACCGUGCCGUACAAUCAUCCAGACUAUGCACCGUUGCGUGUUUUAGCGAAAUUAAUAAGUUCAGUCUAUUUAUUGCGUGAAGUAAGGGAAAAGGAGGGUGCUUAUGGCUCUGGAGCAAAUAUCUCACCCGAUGGAGUGUUUACUUUCUUUUCAUUCCGUGAUCCAAAUAGUACCAAAACAUUUGACACCUUUGAUAAUACUCACGAGUUUUUAAUGAAUUUUAAUUUGAAACAAACUGACCUUGAUGAAUCAAAAUUGGGAGUUUUUCAAAAAAUAGACACGCCUGUUGCUCCCAGCGACCGGGGACUGAAGAAAUUUUUGAUGAAUCUUACUGAUGAUGAUGUACAAACUCAAAGGAUUAGAUUGAAAAAUGUUACCAAGGAGGAUAUUAUCAGAGUUGCUCAAAAGUAUUUAAACCCUGGUGCUGAUGAUGUUAAAAUUGGCAGAGCUAUUAUUGGACCGGCUAAUACCAAUUUAGUUGAUAGAAAAACUCAAAAUUGGAGAAUUAUUCAACAAGAUUGUUAA